GCCUGCAGGCACAGCCAUUCAAGAUGCACUCAGGUGUCCUGGCUGCCUUCCUCUUCUUGAGCUGGACUCCUUGUUGGUCCCUGCCCCUUCCCAAUGAUGAGGAUGACGAGGAUCGGUCUGAGGAAGACUUCCAAUAUGCAGAGCGCUACCUCAGAUCAUACUACCAUCCCCUGAACCCCGCUGGCAUCCUGAAGAAGACCGCAGCAAGCUCCAUGGUUGACAGGCUUCGAGAAAUGCAGUCUUUUUUUGGCUUAGAGGUGACCGGCAAACUUGACGAUAAGACCUUAGACAUCAUGAAAAAACCAAGAUGUGGGGUCCCUGAUGUGGGUGAAUACAAUGUUUUCCCUAGAACUCUCAAAUGGUCCAAAAUGAACUUAACCUACAGAAUUGUGAAUUAUACCCCUGACAUGACUCAUUCUGAAGUGGAAAAGGCAUUCAAAAAAGCCUUCAAAGUUUGGUCUGAUGUGACACCUCUGAAUUUUACCAGACUUCACAAUGGCACUGCUGAUAUCAUGAUCUCUUUUGGAACUAAAGAGCAUGGUGACUUCUACCCAUUUGAUGGCCCCUCUGGUCUGCUGGCUCAUGCUUUUCCUCCUGGGCCAAAUUACGGAGGAGAUGCCCAUUUUGAUGAUGAUGAAACUUGGACAAGUAGUUCCAAAGGUAAUAUUUCUUAUAAAGAUAUA